UAAUAUUCCCAUUAUCUCUAUAGUUGACAUCAAUCAACUAUGCAGGAACGUGGAAUCAACAUGUCCCUCAACAGCCAAAUUUACCAAAAUUAAACAAUGAGCCUAGUGGGAGUUUAGGAGCCAAAUUUCCAUAAUUAUUAUUUCAUGUCUAUUAAUAGUCUUGUAUCAACUCAGAUCCUUUUAUUCAACAAAGAGAGGGAAGAGAGAUGGGGCGUAUAGGUGCGAAACCCAUUCAUCAGUUUCAAGUUCAAAACCAAAAUGAUCAGCACCCGCUACAGCCUCGUCAAGAUUACGCUUCUCAAGUGGAAAGUUUUGACUAUUAUCAAGCCCCUGAAACCAUUGAUGAAAUACCUCCACCAUCCAUUGAGUCUUUCCAUGAAGAUCUUUAUCCAGAAGAAAGUCAAGAUGAACCAUCACAAGAACUGACAAUGCAAAGUGAAUCACACGAAAAUCAUGAAGACUCGGUACAACAACAACAAUAUGUACAGGCAGUGACCACACAGGUUUCUCAGCAAAAUGGAAAGACUCAGAGACCAAGGAAGCAGCCUAAGCCCAAAUCAGGGACUCUAAGGUCACCGAUACACCCUAGCCAACACAACAGCUUUCCCAUUCAUGACCCUCAACCUCAAGCAGAAGCCUUUUCUACGCCUCAGUCUCAACCCCAGCCACAUCCCUUCCCACCUGCUCAAGAUUACAACGAGCCGCACACCUUUCCUCCUAUGCAAGAAGAAGCCUUCCCUCCUGCUCAGGACAGUUAUGAACCACAUAGCUUUCCUCCAACUCCUAAUAAAGUACAUGCUUUUCCACCACCUCAAGUUGAUCCCCAAUUAUAUUCUAGACCACAUGCAUUUGUGCCUCAGAAUCAUAACGUGCCAGUUUUUGCUAGCUCUCAGCCUCAAGCAGGUACUAAUUUUCCACAGCACAGUUUAGCGCAAGGUUCACAGAUAGGAAUGGGUAUGGGACAAUACCAACAAGGGAUGCAACCAGCACCUCCCAUGAUGGGCAUCCCCUUCAAGCCCAUUCUUCCAACUGAAUCUUGGAAGACUGGAUUGUUUGAUUGCAUGGAAGACCCCACAAAUGCUCUCAUCACAGCAUGCUUCCCCUGCCUGACAUUCGGACAGAUUGCGGAGAUUGUAGACUCUGGACAAACUCCUUGUACCACUAGCGGCUUAAUCUAUGGGGCGAUUCUUAUGUUCAUUGGAAUGCCUUGCAUAAUGUCAUGCACCUAUCGUACAAAGUUGAGGAGCCAGUACGGGCUAAUGGAAUCACCGGCACCUGACUGGGUAAUCCACUGCUUUUGUGAAUGCUGUGCUCUCUGUCAAGAAUAUCGAGAGCUUCACCACAGAGGACUUGACCCUUCCAUUGGAUGGCAAGGAAAUCAGGCACAGAAACAGAACAUGCAGUUACAACAAGCUAUGGUCCCUCCAGUUCACCAAGCCAUGAUGGGCUGAUUAAUUUGUAGAAACUAAAGUAUUUAUAUUGUGCUUCUCUAAAUUUUGUUCUGGUCUAUAUGUAUGUUUCUGUGUUCCUUUGCGAUUUGUAAUUCCCCAAAUGGGAAAGAGAAAUAAUGCUAAAUUUUAAAAUGUUUCUGGGAUUUUCAUAAUGAAGAACUAUCUUUUAAUGCAAAAGGAACUUUCAUAGCUCA